GACAUUUUUCCGGCCCCACGUGUUUGUUUUUGAAGUUACUGAGUUAAAAAAAACAACGAACUCGCUUUCUGAGUCACUCUCCUCCUCACUCUCUCCUCACCAGUGCUGUUUAAAGUGUUAAAUCUUUCUUUCUUCCCCUCUAGUCUUGUUCAUUGUUCAGUCUUGUCUUCAUAAUUGAGUGUCUGAGUUUUCUCCGCUUAUUCCUAUUUCCAAUUAAAAAAUGCAAUUCAAAACCCUAACAUCUCACAACACUCCUCUCUUCCAAAACCCAACCUUCUUCUUCUUCAACAAACUAUCAAAACCACCACAGCCACCACCAUCUCACUUUCCAAUCUCUCUUUUCUCUUCCAAUUUAUCACUCAUUUCGACGCCGAAAAAGCGCUUUCGGAAUCGGAUAGUAACUGCUUCUUGCAUUAGCAGCAAUAAUAAAGAACUCCUCAUCGGCAAUGAUAACAGCGGUCCCGAAAUUGAUAUCGUUUCGGUCUCGGGAGAAGAAGAAGAGCAAGAAAAGGUUUCGGAAUUGGGAAGCGAGAAUAUAUGGAAGCAAAUGAAGGAGAUUGUGAUGUUUACUGGGCCCGCCACUGCGCUCUGGAUUUGUGGACCGUUGAUGAGUCUCAUUGACACCGCGGUUAUCGGUCAGGGUAGCUCCAUUGAGCUCGCUGCUUUAGGGCCGGGAACAGUUGUAUGUGAUUAUAUGAGUUAUACAUUCAUGUUCCUUUCGAUUGCUACUUCGAAUAUGGUUGCUACUGCUCUUGCCAGACAGGAUAAAAACGAAGUGCAGCAUCACGUAUCUAUCUUGCUCUUCAUUGGGUUGACUUGUGGCUGCUUGAUGCUUUUGUUUACAAAAUUCUUUGGUUCAUGGGUAUUGACUGCUUUUACUGGGCCAAAGAAUGCACAUCUCAUUCCUGCUGCAAACAAAUAUGUUCAGAUUCGAGGCUUAGCAUGGCCUGCACUUCUUGUUGGAUGGGUUGCUCAGAGUGCAAGUCUUGGCAUGAAAGAUUCCUGGGGACCUUUGAAGGCUUUGGCGGUGGCUAGUGCUGUAAAUGUUGUUGGUAUUAUUGUCCUGUGCAGUUUCAUGGGCUAUGGUAUUGCUGGUGCAGCAUGGGCUGCCAUGGCUGCCCAGGUUAUUGCAGGAUUUAUGAUGAUUGAAGCUCUGAACAAGAAAGGAUACAAUGCAUAUUCCAUGUCUGUUCCAUCACCUGAUGAACUUCUGACAGUACUUGGGCUUGCUGCUCCAGUGUUUUUAACAAUGAUGUCCAAGGUGGCUUUCUACUCCCUCCUUAUAUAUUUUGCUACAUCUAUGGGCACAUACACCAUGGCCGCUCAUCAGGUCAUGAUUCAAACAUUUGUCAUGUGUACAGUUUGGGGUGAACCUUUAUCUCAAACCGCUCAGUCAUUUAUGCCUGAGUUAAUAUAUGGAGCCAAACGAAGCUUGGAAAAGGCUCGAAUGUUGCUAAAAUCACUUGUCAUAAUUGGAGUCAUACUUGGAUUGCUAUUAGGAAUUGUAGGAACAUCUGUUCCUUGGUUGUUCCCCAAAAUCUUUACACAUGAUCAGAAUGUCAUACAGGAGAUGCACAAAGUUCUGAUUCCAUUCUUCAUGGCAUUAGCUGUCACACCCCCAACUAUCAGCCUUGAGGGAACAUUGCUGGCAGGACGAGAUCUUAAAUUUCUUAGUUUGUCAAUGAGUGGAUGCUUUGCUGCGGGUGCACUUCUACUAUUGCUUGUAACCAGUAGGGGAUAUGGUCUGCCAGGCUGCUGGUUCGGACUUGUAGGCUUUCAAUGGGCUCGCUUCUUCCUCUCUCUUCGGCGCCUUCUUUCUCCCAAUGGCAUACUUUACUCUGAAGAUUUAGGUCAGUGUCAAACGGAAAAGCUGAGGGCUGUCUAG